AUGUCUUAUCAUCGAAUUAAAAAGGAAAAAGAGGAGCAAACACAGUAUGGGGUUUCACGUCAAGAGCCACCUCCUUCAAAUAGGUCUUCAAACACACAAAGAAACACCGAUGCGAGAGCAUACCAGCAGCCAAUUAAUGACCGAAGACCAACGCCCUUGGACUCAGUGUAUGAAGGCCAGAUGGAAGCGGGUGAGGGGUUUGGAUGGAAUCGAAGCGAAGUUCCUGAAAUGAAGUACGAUCCUAACUGGUCACAACCCUCAACUGGUGCCUACAAUACUCCAAGCAUAGACUAUGGAGAAACAUCUCAGCAACAGCAGGGAGAUUACCUUCCACAACAGCUAGAACAGUUUGACACAUCCCAGACACAAUCGCUUGCUUCUACGAGCCCUCAUACGUAUGGUUCAUUUGCCCCUGAAGGUAGCCAUUUCUCACAUGGAUCAUCAGCGUACUCUGGAAACCGUCUUAAUGGCACCAGGCAGCCCACUGAUGAAGCCGCAAGUCCGGGGCUACCAGUCAUGAUGGAGGAGUUAAAUCACCCACAAAUGGAUUUGAUGGAGGGUAAAAUUCCUUAUGGAUUUCCCGACGUUUGGAUUCCCGGCACCGUUUACGCGAACAAUCGGUGGGUAAGUACCCCAACGACGGGGGAACCUGAUUACGGCUACUUGCCCAUGGCAAAAAAUCCAAUGAAAGAAUUCUGGCAAGGUGUUGCAACUGACCAAGAAGAGGAAUGGUUCUGUAGAAGAUGGGAUUAUGUGGACUUUCUUCGGCUUGUCUAUCUCACCGUAACCUUGAAUGUAGUGACAAUAUUCAACAAUGCUAGCCGUUCGACUCAAAAUAGACCACCAGGUUUUUUUACAGCCCUCGGCAAUCGAAACAAGCAGGUGGAUGUUCCGUUGUUGAGACAAUUCUUCCAAAUUCUCAACAACCAAGAAAAUCCAAACCGUAAUGAUCCUUUGAUAAGAGUUAUAGAGUGGUAUAAAAGGAAAGGAAUGUCCUUGAUCACCACCAAGAGAGUUUUGAAUGGUAUACCAGAGGCAAUCUAUGAAAACUUUGGUCUAACAUUCCAGCAAUGUAACGCACAAAAAUGGUACUUUCGCUUCGACUCGAGUCAUUAUCUGAUGGCCUUUCAGAAUCAUGACGGAGAUAUAAAUUGGAGGCUACUAGGACCUUCAGGCGAAGACCCUAAACCGGUUCCCGGUGGCUCAAUUCCUAGGCCCUUGGCAUAUGAUAGUCUAGGGCCUUUCCCUGGACUUGCUCACAAGCCGCAAGCACAGCCUCCGGUAAAUCAACAAUCGCAGUCUUUUGUACAUGAGCCGGCACCGCCACUAGAAUAUCAGCAACCACAGCCUUCAGGCUCUCAAACUUAA